CAACUGGGUUGCACUUCAACCUCGUCUUCAACCCUCCAUCUAGGUCAGGCCGACCGUAGAAGCGGUGGUAGGAGGCAGCCAUGGCCAAAGUUGACUUUGAAGAUCUGUCUGGAACAUCCACUCCUGUCACUGCAAACCCUUUCGACGGCCUGAUCAAUGCGAGCCAUGGUGACCCUAAGCUCAUUCAAGAACGGUACUCUACACAUCGAACAACGCGGAAUGCGCAACAACGAGAGAAGAUUCUCAGCGAUGACUUCAAAGGCUGGAUCCUCGACGAGCACCUUGUCAAGCUUGAUGGACCCCGGAAGGACAUAUCAUACAUAGACCCUCGGCAUUGUCUCGUCUUUUGGGGACGACCACCUCAGAGAGUCAAGACAUUGGUAGAUGUCAUACAGUCCAAGCUAAAGGACGCUGCCCCAGGUAUGGCUCCGCCCCUUGGAGGAUUCCCUGCGGCUCACUAUACAGACCUCUGGCUUAUGCCGCUUGACAAUCUACAUAUGACGGUGAUGGAAGUCGCACACUCCAAGACCGAAGAUGAGAUUACUGGCCUAAUGAAUACGCUCAAAGAUCACUGCAAAACCAUCGCUGAUCACACGUCCUCGUAUAGAGCUAGGCUCAUCAAACCUCUUCUAAGCUACGACUCGGCGGCUCUUGCGCUGAGCUUUCUGCCCGCUGCCGGAGAGUCGCCUUCAAAUGGUCGGACGGCUGAUGAUGACCGAUACACAUAUCACCAUUUGCGGCGCGAUACUUAUGCUACCAUUACAGAAUCAGGAAUUCAAGUUGGCUCUAGAUAUGUUGUGCCUUCGGCCCAUCUUACUAUCGCCAGGUUUAACUCUCCCAAUGUGUUUGGCGGGGAUCCGCUGGACGAGACCGCGACCCUUGACAUCAAGAAGCGGAGACACUGGAUCAAUGAGCUCGAAAUGAUCAACAAGUGGCUUGAAGCAGAAUAUUGGCCCCAAGAAGGGCACUUGAUCAGGCCUGGAGGCGAAUGGGUGGUGGGCGAGGAGAAAGGUCUCGACUUCCGGAAUGGCACGUUGUGGUAUGGCGGAGGUGCAACCAUUUAUCUUGGGGAGGGAUUCGUCUAUGGUGACACCGCCGCGGCAAAGAUACCAUGACACCAUUCCUGCAGGACUUCAAAUAGCAAUUUUGGGAGUCCUGCCGCGCAAUUUACUUGCUCUUCGUAAGAGGUAAUAUUGGGAUUGAUUGGAGUACAUACACUGUUUCAUUGUGGGCCUCAUACUCAAUCGUUGCUUUCCUAUUGGCCAGCGCACAUACCAUAAGAGCGAUACCACGGAGCUGCGUUCCCGAAGGCUUUAGACCUCGA